CUGCUUGCUCCGGGGACGGGGUGCGCUGUGGCGGCUGAAGCUGGCAGAGCUGGACGCCAGCGCCGGGCUUUGCCCACUUCAACUUCAAGCUGUGAAUUCCUUUGGACAACUGAUGAUAUUUAUCAUUGUGCCCAGUUUCUACAAAUAAAAAAAUGGGUGGAUUAUUUUCUCGAUGGAGGACAAAACCUUCAACUGUAGAGGUUCUGGAAAAUAUAGAUAAGGAAAUUCAAGCAUUGGAAGAAUUUAGGGAAAAAAAUCAGAGAUUACAAAAAUUAUGGGUUGGAAGAUUAAUUCUCUACUCUUCAAUUCUCUAUCUGUUUACAUGUUUAAUUGUAUACUUAUGGUACCUUCCCGAUGAAUUUACAGCAAGACUUGCCAUGACACUCCCAUUUUUUGCUUUCCCGUUAAUCAUCUGGAGCAUAAGAACGGUGCUUAUUUUCUUCUUUUCCAAGAGAACAGAAAGAAAUAAUGAAGCAUUGGAUGAUUUAAAAUCCCAGAAGAAAAAAAUACUUGAAGAAGUCAUGGAAAAAGAAACUUAUAAAACGGCUAAAUUAAUUCUUGAAAGGUUUGAUCCGGACUCAAAGAAAGCAAAGGAGUUGGAGCCGCCAUCUGCUGGAGCAACUAUAACUGCAAGACCUGGACAAGAGAUUCGUCAGCGACCUGCAGCUCAAAGAAACCUUUCUCCAGCACCAGCAGGCUCUAGCCAGGGCUCUCCCCCAAAAGUUCCAGUAUCUCCUGGACCACCAAAGGACACUUCGGCCCCUGGUGGACCCCCAGAAAGAACUGUUAUUCCAGCCCUAUCGUCAAAUGUGUUACCAAGACGUUUUGGAUCCCCUGCUACUUCAGUGCCUGGAAUGGGUCUUCAUCCUCCUGGUCCACCUUUAGCAAGACCUAUUCUGCCCCGAGAACGAGGUGCUCUGGAUAGAAUUGUUGAAUAUUUAGUUGGUGAUGGUCCACAGAACAGGUAUGCCCUUAUAUGUCAGCAGUGUUUUUCUCACAAUGGCAUGGCUUUGAAAGAAGAAUUUGAAUACAUUGCUUUUCGUUGUGCCUACUGUUUUUUCUUGAAUCCUGCAAGAAAAACCAGACCCCAGGCUCCAAGACUUCCAGAGUUUAGUUUUGAGAAGGGGCAGACUUUGGAACGCUCAAGUACAGUUGGUUCCUUGCCCUCAGGAAGUGUGAUUUCAUCAGAGAACCAGAUCAGUGAAGAAUCUUUAGAAGAACAAGAUGUUCUAGAUAACAAUACAGAGCAGACAGAUGACAAAAUACCGGAUACAGAGCAGACAGACCCAGUGAUUGAACAAGCAUCUGGCACAGAGAAACCAGAGGAGAAGCAAGAAGAGACCGAGAAUGAGGAAACCUCAAUGAAUAAAGCCAAAUCAACAGUUCCCAGAGCUGAUGCUAUUCCUAAUCCUGAACUAAGUGGAGAAUCUUCGACAAUGUAGUAAAUGCUUCCACGUGCCUUCAACUGGAUAUUUGUAGUCUUGUUGAUGUCAGUUAUUGCUUUCUUAGGUGGUGCUUUCUUUUUUUUUUCCCCCUCUAAAGACAUGCUUGAUGUCAUCUGAAUUUCAGAUUGCCUAGCUAUUUCAAUAUGUCAAAG